UCUGCGGGGUUCUGCGGGGUUCUGCGGGGUUCUGCGCUGUGCCGCAGCCGUCGUGUGUCGUCUCAGGGCUGUCGGUGCUCUUGCCGAGCGUUGGCUGCUAUUUGUAGCAGUUCGUUUUGGGGGUGUCCCCAGAGGGCCCCCCAGGCUGUGAGUUCACUGGCAGCAGCAGCAGGCAAGGAGACUCCACACGGCUUCUGAGGGACCAUCCAUACACACAAGAUGAUUAGGAAGAUAACUCUCAGCCUGGGAAGACACGUGUCCUCCAUGGCAUGUGGGGCCACGCAGGUGAGAAGACUUCUGCAUGGUGGUUAUGUCAGGAUUCAUCCCUCUGUACAGGAAGCUCUGGUGGAGGGGAGGCCCGUCGUAGCCUUGGAAAGCACCAUCAUUACACAUGGCAUGGCCUAUCCUCUGAAUUUGAGGUGGUGGAUGUUGAUGUUCCUCAUUCGGUGAAGUUCAUGGCCAGAGAGGUGGAAGAAAUUGUAAGAAUAAAUGGAGCAGUGCCAGCCACUGUAGGUAUUUUAAGGGGCCAAAUCCAUGUGGGACUCACAGAUGAGGAACUCGAGUUCUUGGCAAGCAGUAAGAAUGCAGUUAAAGUGUCUCGCAGAGAUUUUCCUUUCGUCCUCAGCCAGGGCUUGUCCGGUGGCACGACCGUGUCUGGAACAAUGAUCACGGCACACAAAGCAGGAAUUCCUGUGUUUGUGACAGGUGGCAUAGGAGGUGUCCAUCGGGAUGGGGAGAACACUCUGGAUGUGAGUGCUGACUUGACAGAGCUAGGACGAACACCGGUGGCUGUUGUAUCUGCAGGAGCCAAGUCUAUCCUUGAUAUUGGCAGGACACUGGAAUAUCUGGAGACUCAGGGUGUGUGCGUGGCUGCCUUUGGAGAAUCAAGAGAGUUCCCAGCCUUCUUCUCACGCCAGAGUGGCUUCCAAGCACCAUACCAUGUCCGGGAUGAAGAGGAGGCAGCUAAACUCAUUGACAGUGCUCUGGGGCUGGGCCUGAGCAGCGGGGUGCUGAUAGCAGUGCCCUGUCCCCAGGAGCGAGCUGCCGAGGGCCAGGCCAUCGAAAAGGCCAUCCAGCAAGCUCUCAGCCAAGCCAGGUCCAAAGGAAUCACAGGCAAAGAAGUGACCCCGUUUUUGUUACAGAAGCUCACAGAAUUAACUGAUGGGAAAUCGUUGGACUCUAACCUUGCACUGAUCCAGAACAAUGCCAGAGUGGGCAGCUGCAUUGCAGUGGCCCUCAGCAAACUGCAGAAAGCCAGAAGGAAGGGGAGCCAGCCUGGGCGAAAGGACAUGACUGCACCCCAACCAGUGGUGAUUGGCGGUAUCAACGUGGACUUUAUAGCCAAGGCACAGAAUGCUGAGAUCCUGGGCGGUGGGCAAACAAAUGCUGGAAGAGUGAGACGAACCUUUGGCGGUGUUGGAAGGAACUUGGCAGACUGUUUAAGCCGUCUUGGACAAGCUCCUCUCCUUUUAUCAGCCGUGGGGAAGGAUGAGCAUUUAGAGUCUGUCCUGCACUACUGCCAUCACAUGGACAUGAGCGCCGUCCUUCAGCUGGAGGGGAAGAGCACAGCCACUUACUGUGCCGUGAUCACGAGUGCUGGGGAGCUCAGCAUGGGCUUGGGAGACAUGGACAUCCACCACCAGAUAACAGAGCAAUAUGUGUCCCAGUUCAAGGAGAACCUGUGUCAGGCCCCACUUGUUUGCAUUGAUGGAAAUUUGCCUCUCUCCACUAUUCAGUACGUCUGCCAACUAGCUAGAGAGCACCAGCUAGCAGUGUGCUAUGAGCCAACAGAUGAGAACAAGGCCUCUAAGCCAUUCCUCUCAGACAGCUGGAAAGCACUCACAUACAUUUCCCCCAACCUGCAAGAGCUGAGAGCAAUAAAUCGGACCCUCGGGAACCCUCUGCCAGCAGAGCUGCCGUCCAGGUUGGAAGAGGUUGUCCAGGCUGCAGUGGCCCUGGCCUGCCCUUUGCUGGCCCAUCUGCACUGUGUGGUGGUGACCCUCGGUGCUCACGGCGUCCUCCUGUGCGGCAAGAGCCUGGGAGGGAGCAUCUCCCUUUAUCCAGGAGCUCACAAACAGGCCGCUGCUGCCAGGCUCUGUGCUGCCCACUACCCUGCCAUCCCCAUCAGCAGGGAGGAGAUAGUCAACGUCUCAGGAGCUGGUGACAGCUUAAUGGCAGGAAUCCUUGCGGGGGUGCUUGCUAAACACGACACAGGCACUUGCGUCCGGAUGGGUCUGCUGGCUGCCAGCUUGUCUCUCCGUUCCUAUGAGCCCAUUUCCCCAGAAAUCAGCACUUCCAGUGUCAACCAAGAGCAAGUCAAGAGCAGGAGCUGGCCAGAGGCGAAGAUAUGGAAGAUGGACUAGAACACUGUGGCUUUCUCAUCUAUCACCUCAUUGCACUUGCAGCAAUCCUGUUUUCAGGAACUGGACUGUGUUUUGAGCUUCGAGAACAUUUAUCUGCUUUGGUCCUGAGUAAACCCUCAAGAAAAGAGGCCCCUACCCAGGGAACUUCUGCGGAAUGGAAAGCUGAUUUCUGGUCUUUCAGACCUCCUGGUUUACUGACCUCCAGGCCUUCCAGAUUUUCUAUUGAGGGAAUUUUCUCUUCAUUCACCUUGUGUCACUGUUGUCUAUUGUCACGGUAACUCCUCUGUCUUUGACUCCUGGAUCUUCAGGACCAUGUGUCUUCAGCUGAGCCCAGCAGCAACAUCUGCUCUUGAUGCUUAUUCUUUCCUAUCCAAGAGUUCCCAUGGAUCACAACCUGUGGCAGGGUGUAGCUGGCAGGAACAUGACACUGUAGGAUAACCUUAUCCAUUUUCCCAAGCCAGCCAGCACACACCAUACCUUCUUGCUCUGAAGUCCAAUGCCCCUGGAGAAAGUAGGCAAGACAAAAUAAAGAAAAGUGUCCAGGGACCAGCUGGUGGCCUUUAAAAGAUGACAGUCCCUUGUUCUAUGUGCCUUCCUUUUUGGCUUGGGGCUUCCUUCCUCCUUCUUUAGUCCUGAGUAUCAAGUCUGAAGCAAAAGAGAUCAGAGGGAACCAAGGCAUCUCCCAUGGAAGCCAUGAGGAAGAGUCACUUUCUCUAAGCCUGUAAUGUGCACAGGAUGCAACUGCGGGUGCCAACAGAUUAGUGAACACUGAAACUCAUUAAAACUGAUUUCUAGCAAAGGUGGGUCUUGGUGCUGGCUGGUUCCUAAACGUGACUGAUAGUAAAUCUGGAGAACAGACCACCUUCCGUUUCAUCCAGAGACCAUGGUCAGACCCCUUGGCUGAGGAGCAGCUCGCUGGUGCCUGACUCAGCACUGAGGUCAACCAAAGCUUGAUCAGGGCGGCUCUAACACCACUCUCCUGGGUAGGCUCUGCUGUUUAACCAGUGAGCUCCCACUGGAAUGGAUGGAGGCAUUAACUGGGUGCCUUUCCUCCACCUGGGGCUACUUCCACCAGGCUCACAGCAACUCCUUCCCAUUGAGCCCACCACCUUUCCAUCAGACACACAAACAUUUACCAUCAGCUCUCCUUUACUAAAACCUUGUUUGCAACUGCGGUUCAGCUGAUUCUGUGCUUAGAUGCCAUGCACCCAUGUGUGUACCCCAAGCAGGGACAGGAUGGCUGUGGCAGAAGGGUGCUGGGAUGUUUGGGAACACAAGGGAGGGGGAUUGGGGCCCACGUAAGCAGCUGGGUUUGCUUGCAGGCUGGGAGGUGGGACACAGCAGGGGCGGGGGAAAAGGGCUGUGCCCCCGAGGUAUGUCUCUGCACUAUAAAAAUUACUUUGGCUGGAUCCAGAGUCAGGGGAAAAAAGCACCUUCCACCUCUGCUACUGACUCCCAACAGCCUUGUCCAGGUGGGAGGACCCUGAGCAGAGGCAGGACCUGAGGAUGAAUGUCCAGGCACUGGCAGUCACCACGCUCCUCCUGAUGCUGCUCUGCUCAGUCCCAGCACUGUCUGGGAUACUGGGGAGCCAGGCUGGCAACCUGGAGAGGCAGGCAGAGGCUGGGUUCCCUGAAGAAGCCCCUUGGCCACCUGGAGAUGGAGGGGACAAGCUGCCUGGGCAGGGCUCAGAGAGGACCCACCCUCUGGCCAAUGCAUGGAAAGUGAUGAGAGAGGCACACCCCAUCUCCAGUUCCCUCAGCAAGGCCACGGCCAAAGCUCUCCUGGGCAGUGGGGAGCAGGUUGCCCCCGGCAAGCCCUGGAGGCUCCCACUGCAGCCCUCCCACAGCAGGAUCACAAGGCUGAGCCACCACCUGAAGGACCACGGGAAGUUCAACAGCGACGUGGUAAGCACAGCGAGGGAGAGGGCUUGUGCUGAGGGGUUGCAGGGUGAGCGGGAUACCAGUCAGGAUCAGACAGGACAGCAGGAGCAGGACAUGCUGAGCAUGCCAUGAUCCUGUAAACACCAGGUAGAAAAGAUGUUUUCGAGGCCAUUCCUCUUAAGAUGCAUGUAUGGUGUCAGUCACAAUGUGGCCUCUCAACACAGUGUGGGUCUGGGUGCUGAGAAGGGAGUGGGGCAGGGACACCCCCAGAUCCCCAGCUGGUACAGAGGAGCUUAGAAGCAGAAGAAGGCUUAGAGCAGGGCUGAUGGCUGUGAGCAGCUCAGGAGGAGAGUGCAGGUCUGGCUGCAGUUGUUCCCAUGUGCUGCCCUCAGAGCUGCAGGGACAGUCCUGCUCCAGCCCCAGCCGGGUUCAGGAACAGGAGGGAAACACUCCCCUCAGUGCUAACAAAGCUCUCCAAGCUCUGCAAUGCAGACACCUUGCCCUGAUGGGCACAGCUCCUCUCAGCACUGCCCUGAGAGAGGCACAGCCUUUCUCUGCCCAUGCGAAAUCUGCUCCACAGGCUCAGCACAGCAUCCCACAAAUAACCAACUUCUCCUUUAUCAAACCCAAACCACACUUUGGUGGCACAUAAGUAGACCUUGCCUUAACCACAAAGUGCUGGGUGACGCCAUGCCAGAUGCCACUCAGCUGGGGUGGGUGCCACCACUGCAAAAGAGCAGAGGCACUGGAGGGGUGUGUUGUGGCUGUGGUGGUCAACUUAGAGUUGUUCCAGCAAAGGCAGUAAUGAAUUGCCCCUGGAAGCACUUCCUUGCGCCUCAGCUUCUCCAGCUCCUUGCAGUGAAGCUGCUGCAACUGCAGAACGAUGAUGCAGCUGUGACUGGGCUGGUCCUGGCUGCCACGGGCAUUGCAGACACCACUUCCCUUCUCCCUGCAGCACUCCUGCCACAGCAUCCAGUCGCGGCCCUGCCAGAAGCCCUCUGACUGUGGUGGCUGCCUGGGGCUCUACACCUGCAAACUGCCUGCUGGCACCUGCAACCUGAAAUCUGUCUCCAGGCAGAGAGGUGGCUUCCUCCAAAGCAUACAGAGCCCUUAGGUGGAGAGUCAAGCUCAUCUCGGAGCAGCACAAACUAAAGUUGAAGAGGUUGUCCUGCAGCUGGAGAUCAACACUUCCUUUCCAAGUUUAAUUUCAAAUCCUUAAUGACACAAUUGUAAAUGUUUCUUUCAUUGUACUUCUCUUGCUACUGCUUUUUAACACUCCUUUGGAUUUUGUACACUAUGUAGGCUUGAUUCCCACUUUCCUGAGAGCAGCCAAUAAAUGCACUGAGUGGUCAUGGAGCUCUGUGCUGGCAGAGCCCCCUUGGAGCUCCCCAAUGAGGCAAACAGGGCUAUUUCACAACCCUUUUUCAUUUGAGCCAUUAGGAUAUUGCAGUAAAAGCUGCCAGGAUCUCAGCAUGGUCACACACCAAUUCAAGCUGAGCUAAGCGUUGGGCAACCUGGGAUCCCUCCCUGCUCCUUAUACAGUUCCUGCCAAGGAAGGCCACGUCCCAGGCCGUUGAAAACAUCACUUAAGGAGAGGAAUGUGGAGUCCUCAGGAGCAGGCUUGGCAGUGUGGAACCAUGCAGGAGACCUGCUUCUGAAGGCUGGAGCUGAGCCACAGAUCAGCUUUAUUUAGCAUCCCACAGAGCUUUGCAGGCAUCCUGGCCACCUUUACACACAUGGGGGUGACCCCAGCUUUAGAAAGCUUCAUAAUAUUUCUAUUAGAAACCCUUCUAAAAUGAGAACCAAAGCACAGCAUUUGAUUCACCUUGAACCCCACUGCAGUUCCCUUCAAUGAGCCACCACCAGCUCCUGUGAAGUGACACCAAUUUUGUUCAGUACACCCAAGGGACAGCACCCCCCUCCACCUGGUCACCUCUGAGGGAGGGUGGGGGUGGGGAGUAAAUGCUGCUGGCUUCUCUGAGCCCCUCCAUUGUUGCUUCCUCUGUCCCUGCACAGAAGUUUGUGCCUCCUGCCUGGUGUGACACCAUGGCUGUCCAGCAUUUUCUGUGCUCACCACAGAACCACAGGGAGGCUGAGGUGGGAAGGGAGCUGACCUGUGCAGGUCACCUGCUCAAGCAGGGCCACCUAGAGUCAUUUGUCCAGCCACCUGGCUGCAUGGCUUCAAAAGCUUCACAGAGCAGCACUGGACCCACUGCUCUGCUCUGGUGUGGAGGAAUGGAGAUGAGGUCUUCUGAACCCCACUGCUGGUCAGAAAUGUCUUCUCACCUGGAAUGGCCCAUGGACCACAGGCAUAGUUUUUAAAACCUCUGGGAGUCCGAUGCAGCCCAGCAUAGCACAGCUGCAGCAAAGGUACCCAUAUGCAGCUUUCACCCUGCAACCCCACAGCAGCUGGGAAAGAGACUCUCCUCCCAAAAGCAGACUCAAGGAUCCUCCAGGUGCUUUUGCCCUCACAAGCAGUGCAAGAGUAAGAGCCUCCACACCAGCUGGAAGAAAGCCUUCACCCUGCCUCAACCUCCCCUCAACUGCCCUGACACCUCCUCCCCGAAGGAGGUCACCACAGACAGAGGAGAGCUGAGCAGGAGGCCCCACUUCCUCUCCAGGCAGGAGCACAGAAGGCAGCAGCAGACACUCUGCCCUUGCCUGUUCCCUACUGUGCUUCCCAGCAGCAACACCCACGACAGCAGAGAGCCCAUCUGACCUUUGGGAAGCAGGCCUCCCAGACAAGAUCCUGCAGGUGAGCUCCACCUUGGGCACUCCCAGCAAACUGCCAGGUGAGGCAUUGAGCCACCCAUCCUCUGAGUCUCACAGGGAAGCUGAGGGCCUGGCCAAGUCAAGAGUCCAGCUGCUUGAUGUCCUCUCUGGCUUAUGCUUGGCACUAGGUGGGACAGUGGGAGCACACAGCUCAUCCCUUUUCACGAAAACACCAUGGAUCCACAUGCCUUUUACUCAACUCGCUUUUAAUUAUACUGCAUGAGGAAAGGCCCUUCCUUGUGCCAAGACUCCCUGGUACAGCCACCCAGGGAGCUGGCUGGCCCAUGAAGUCCUCAGUAGGUUUAGUGGUUCCCCCUCACCCUUUUCCCUUGCUUGGAAGCUCCUCCUGGUCAGUCCACAUCAUCCCUGCAGCCCUCAGUGUCCUUGCUUUGCAGAGACCUACUUUCACACAUCUCUGCUCUUCCCCUCCAUGCCUUCUUUCCCUGCUCAGUCCCAUGGGAAUCCUGCUUCGGCCUCUGGCAGCACCAGGCAGAGAGGAGGCAGGGCAAGAGUCAUUGGUUAAUAACUGUUCUAACCUCAAUAUAAAUAGAAAAAUACAACCAAAUAAAGAAUUGACUAGCUAAGAGAUCCAAUCCGCCGGGAUGCCUGCAACGUUCUAGUGCAGAGUUCAGAGAGAGUGCUUGGUCCAGUGCUUGCUACUGUAGAGAUCCAGAAGCCUGUCCCGGCAGCCCCAGCCAUCCCAUCUUCCUGCAGCACAUCGGCUCUGUGCAGCGCGUCCUGGCCGUGGCCAGCAUGCCCAAGGCUGCUGUUCCUGGGAGCAGGCUCAGUGGGAAUGGUUGAUGAGUCUGAUUUAUUGCCGCUAAGUGGUAAAGCCAUUCUCUUCUGUGGAAUGAGGAUGUGCUUCGCUCUUAUUUUUUGUGGAGGAAUUUCAUUUUGCUGCCUGAAGAGACAGAGAUAAGAAAAUGGACUCCCCACAGCAACAGGCAAAACAAGUGUCAUUUCCCACCAUCUUUGUCCUGUGCAGUGUACUGGCCCUGCUGCUGUCUCUGGCUGCUUGUCCACAGCCAGCUGCUCUGCCUACUCCCUGGGAGCAGUGCUGCAGGCUGAGACCUUGCAAGCUCCCAGGCACACCCUCCAGAGCCCAUUUGUCCAGGGCACACCAGCCCCUCAGGCACCGCUGCUCUUAAAUGGCCAAGAACAGACAAGAGGACCAGGGAUGUGAUCUUAACACCUGAUCAAACUCAGCCACGGUGUCCAAUGACUUUUCAAAGACUUCCAACCUCAGUCUGGAGCUCUUGGCUAGUUCCCCUUAUAGCGGAAAAUAGAUUGAAUCUUAGAAUACACCUGGGCAGUUCCCCCUGCUGAUCCCCAAGGGCAAACCUGAAGGCAAUGAAAACUGUCAAUCCCCUCAUCAGGACCUGCAUCCACCAUCCCCAAGUCACUGGCUGCUCCAUUCCCUCCUCAGACCCACCUGUCUCCUUUAGAAGACACAGAUACAGCUCAUGGCCCAGCCUUUGGUCCUCCACCAGCCUCCAGACAGUGAUUGACCAGAGCCAGAGCCAGCACAGGGAUACAUGGCCAGACACUGGAUGCCAACAUAGUCACUAGCCCUGUCACCCUUGGGCAGCUUCUGUGCUGCCCAACCUGAAGGCAACAAGAAGCCCAGCCCUUGGGAAGCCAAGGCUUUUGCUGGUUCCUUACCUAGGCCUUUGAGGAACCUAUUGACUCCACUCUGCUCCCCACUAGGAAGUGUUUCCAGGUACUCCUGAGCCCGUACCUCAAACAGACCUGCAGAAAGACAGAAAUCAACAGCUUUUAUUCUGUGUCUCUAUAAAUCCAAGUAGGAAUGCCCACCUGAAAAUGUACUGUCGCAGCUUACCCACACAUCAUUGCUCAGGAGAGAGAACAACUCACCCCACCUCCUCCAUCAGCUGAGGCCAGAUUUGGCACAGAAGCUUUGGUCUGCCCCCUCCCUCCCCACUGCAAGGCUGACUGAGCUGCUGUACCUCACUCAGGGUACAGAAUGUACCUCCCUUGAUUCUCCUACGAACACAGCUAAACCCAGGGAGUGACAUCAUCUGGGGAAUCAUCACGCAGAAUUUACCUCUUUUACUCAGCCACCUAUUCAAGCAUUCCCUGCUUAGUAAUGCUCAUCAGGAAGCUGCUAAGCCAGCACCAGUAGCAGCAGGGAUAAGAAAUUUCAGCUGCCAGUAGAGCCCUUGGGACUGUGGGAUAACAGGAGUGAAACUGCAACAGCAGCUCUGGGAAGGAGAUGAGCAUCCAAGCUUUCUACUAGACAAAAGAACCAUGACCAAUCAUUUUUCCUCUAGACACAUGAAGAAGACAUGAGGGACUGCGAGAAUAAAUGUCAUUCCAGCAGUGGAAUUCAAUGUGGAAUGGAAGAGACACACGUGGAGGAUACUGCAAGAGUGAAAGAUGCCUGCAAUCCCAACCCCAUCAAGGAACCAGCAGAUUCCCUUCUGCUGCUCCUGUACAGACACUGCAGCCUCCAGCCGCGGAACUGGGGAUGGAGGUGGUGGGAGCAUCUCCCUGCUCUCGUAGGAGUAACAGCAGCUUCCAGCACAGCAGAGCCCAGUUGGAGCCCCUCACCUCUGACCCCCUGCUUCCGCAGCUCCCGCUCCUGAAUGAAGCCCCCGAACAUCUGUGUCUCCAUGAAGACCUCCAGGAAGCGUCGGAGGCUCUUGGAAGAGACGGAUUUGCGGAAAGCCUCACGCUGCAGGGUCCGCUCCUCUCGCUCCGUGGGGGUCAGGAAGAGGGAAUAGUGGCCCACAA